GGUCUCCAGCCAUGAAGCUCCUUUUGCUGACUUUGGCUGCACUGCUGCUCUUGUCCCAGCUCACUCCAGGUGGCACCCAAAGAUGCUGGAAUCUUCUUGGCAGAUGCCGCCAUAAAUGUUCCAAGAAGGAAAGGGUCUAUGUUUACUGCGUAAAUAGUAAAAUGUGCUGUGUGAAGCCCAGGUAUCAGCCAAAACAAAGGCCUUGGUCAUUUUAAGUGUUUGGAGCCUGAAGCCAUGAAAAUGUAGAUGAAGCUACCCGGAGUG